GGUCCCCCCGCGAGUGCACGCCGCCGCCGCCGCCCCCCACCCCCGUGCGGCCGCGAGGAGCAGCGCGGGGCCGGCGAUCGCAGCAGCCUCUAGAAGCUUCUAGCACUGAGUAUGGAAGCGCCUUUGUGGGUUCUGUGAAGAGCAAUGCUGACCUCCGUUUCGUGGACCCGUUCUGACUCAGGAUUAUCUAUUUUAGUGACAAUCUGAACCAAAACAGGACCCUUGAAAACAGCUUGUUUGUGGUGAGGUUUUUGAAUCAACCUGUAUCUACUCGAACCGAAGGAAAUUUGGAAGCAAAUUGCAAACCUCUCCAAGAGUGAAAAAUGCUGGCUCUUUUGUUUUGCUUUUAUAUGUCAGAUAUCCAACAUGUGCAUUUAUGAAUAUUCUUUCUGAAGACCUGGACUUCAUUUUAAGGAGCCUUCACAUAAAUGGGUCCAGUCAUGCCUGCCAGUAAGAAGCCGGAAAGCUCAGGAAUCAGUGUGUCUAGUGGACUGAGUCAGUGUUACCGGGGUAGCAGUUUCUCCAAGGCCCUUCAGGAAGACGAUGACCUUGACUUUUCUCUGCCUGACAUCAGACUAGAAGAGGGGACCAUGGAAGAUGAGGAGCUCACAAACCUGAACUGGUUGCACGAGAGCAAGAACUUACUGAAGAGUUUCGGGGAGCCGGUCCUCAGGAGUGUCAGCCCCGUCCAGGACUUGGACGAUGACACCCCUCCAUCUCCCGCCCACUCUGACAUGCCCUACGAUGCCAGGCAGAACCCCAACUGCAAGCCCCCUUACUCCUUCAGCUGCCUCAUAUUUAUGGCCAUUGAGGACUCGCCAGCCAAGCGUCUGCCAGUGAAAGAUAUCUACAACUGGAUCUUGGAACAUUUCCCGUAUUUUGCAAAUGCACCGACUGGGUGGAAAAACUCAGUGAGACAUAAUUUGUCAUUGAAUAAGUGUUUUAAAAAAGUGGACAAAGAGAGGAGUCAGAGUAUUGGGAAAGGGUCAUUGUGGUGCAUAGACCCAGAAUACAGACAAAAUCUAAUUCAGGCUUUGAAAAAGACACCUUACCACCCAUCCCCCACUCCUCAGGCAUAUCAAAGCACAUCAGGUCCACCCAUCUGGCCCGGCAGUACCUUCUUCAAGAGAAAUGGAGCCCUUCUGCAAGAUCCUGACAUUGAUGCUGCCAGUGCCAUGAUGCUUUUGAAUACUCCCCCUGAGAUACAAGCAGGUUUUCCUCCGGGAGUGAUACAGAACGGAGCGCGGGUUCUGAGCCGAGGACUGUUUCCUGGCGUCCGGCCAUUGCCAAUCACUCCUAUUGGAAUAACGGCAGCCAUGAGGAAUGGCCUCACCGGCUGCCGCAUGCGGACUGAGAGCGAGCCGUCCUGUGGCUCCCCGGUGGUCAGCGGAGACCCCAAGGAAGACCACAACUAUAGCAGUGCCAAGUCCUCCGAUGCCAGGAGCACCUCACCUGCCAGUGACUCCAUCUCCUCCUCCUCCACCUCCUCCUCCUCCUCCACCUCCUCCUCCUCUUCCUCCUCCUCCUCUUCAGCUGACGAUCACUACGAGUUUGCCACAAAGGGGAGCCAGGAGGGCAGUGAGGGCAGCGAGGGGGGCUUCCCGAGCCCUGGGAGCCACAGUGAAGCGGAGGAGGACGACAGGAAGGCCAGCCCGAAGGAUGCCAAGGACGCCCUGGGGGACAGCGGCUAUGCAUCCCAGCACAAGAAGCGCCAGCACUUCGCCAAGGCCCGGAGGGUCCCCAGCGACUCGCUGCCCCUCAAAAAGAGACGCACGGAAAAGCCCCCCGAGAGCGACGACGAGGAGAUGAAGGAGGCGGCCGGGUCGCUCCUGCACCUGGCCGGCAUCCGCUCCUGCUUGAACAACAUUACCAAUCGGACGGCAAAGGGGCAGAAAGAGCAAAAGGAAACCACAAAAAAUUGAAAACAAGUCACUGAUUUGUUUUGAACUUAAUGGCCAUUUGGUUUUCAGCAUGUCAGGAGAUAUUCUAAUGAUUUGUGGCAAUAUCAGCAAUUUUGUUUCCUUUUUUUCUCUCUCUCUUUUAUUUUUCCUUUUGGUUUUCUUUUUUUCCCUCUUAAUUAUUGUUGUUAUUAUUUUGUUUGUUUCAUUUGCCCCCCUUCUGUCUUCUUUUGUUUUAGACCCUUAAGAAUUUUAUUUUUAAAGGAGAUUGAAGCCAUAGAACUCAUAUUGACACUCAGCUGUUUUACAAAAGCUUUUCAUUAUCCGAAGAUUUUAAAAAAAAAAAAAAAAAACCAACCACCACCACGACAGCAACAAAAAAAGUACUCAAAAGCCAAAUUACCAUUGCUUCCUGCAGCCUGUCAGAAAAGAUGGGGCCAGAUCUACAGGGUUGUCACCAUUAAAUGUCCCCAGGGACAGACAUAAGGGCAUUCGUGCCACUAAUGACCAGUCACUCAGGCCCAACCCUUAGGUUUAAAAAGUCGAGUGUCCCUCUGGUUGCAUGAAGGCUCAUAGAGGAAUUGGAGACAAAGAAGCACCCCAGCCCUUCUGCUAAAGCAAACCCUGGCAUCCCACUGUACCAGGAAUGCCCUGCCCUGGGCAUGGCCAUGUACAGCUCCGGGGUGGGCCUUCACUCCUCCAUGCUUCUUGACCUUGAACCCCGUAAUGUCUCACAAGAUGAACAUUCAUUGGGCUGUUUUAACACAUCAGGUGUCAGUCACUUAAGGAAGAGUAACGGGGCACAUGUUUAGAGCUACUACUGCUAGUCUUUGAAUUCUGUUGUCUAUAAAAUUAAGAAAAUGUUCCAAAAGCCAUAAACCUGAAGGUUGGCCUGAAGGCACACUCACGCACACAGACCCAAGAACUAGACUGAGAAAAGCUGAUGCUGAAAAGCAAGCCCUGUCUUCUCAACUGCCUAAAUAAAAAGCAAUCGAGCCCAAUGAGUGACAAUAGCUGUUAGGGAAGAAAAUAAUGGUACAGAUUAUGUUUCUAUCAAAAUUUGUUUGAUCCAAAUGAACAACAACAACAAAUUGCUCCAGAGCCUGCCAUUAGUUUUGUGUAUUUUUAAAAGAUUAAAGGCAUCUUGAUGGGCCUCCCCCUCCAAAAUAAAAAAGUCAAAUAAUAAACUCCUCAGAAAGGAGUUUGCAAUUAAUGUCAGGACUCAGCUUUGCAAAAA